CACGUCCAGGUGUACGGUCGCUGGGCGACGUGGACGGCACGUCAAAGCUGUUAGUUUGGGAAUGGUGGCUAACGAGCUAACCUGGCUAGCGCAUAUUCCUGCGCGUACGCUUCCUUGAUAUUUUUUAUAUUCUUGCUUAUUUUCGACACGAAGACCUGCGGAAAGGAUAUUUUUUUUAAACGAGCGCUGUCAUAGUCGCCAUUUUUGUAGGGUUUGCAGUGUGAGGUGAUGAGGCGCUGAGGUGUGUGUGUGUGUGUGUGUGAGGGACUGAGUGCUCGGGGGCGAUGGGUGCCAACACCAGCCAGGUGAGCGACCUAGCAGAGAGUCACAGCAUCCGCACUCUGAUUGGUCCAGAGCCCAUUUCGGAGAACGAGCCGUUCUGGAACCAGCUCAUCUCGUUCACCUUCACCAGCCCCUCCUGCAGUGCCGAUGCUAAGCUCUUGGAGGAGGCGGUCAUCCCCCUCGCCAAAACUUUAAUCAAGAACAAUCCCAGAUCGGGAAACUUCGGCGCCUUGGUGAGAGUGUUCCUGGGGAGAACCAAAGAGCUGAAGAUCUCCACUGAAUGCCAGGAUCAGCUGUUCAUCUGGCAGGCCCAUAAUGCCCUGUUCCUGCUGCGCUGUCUGCUCAAAGUCUUCAUCAGAGAGAUGAGCGAAGAGGAGCUGCACUUACAGUUCACCUACCACACGAGGGCGCCAGGAUCCUGCGAUACAAGCAGUGAAGAGUUAAUGGAGGAACUGAUCUGUAAUUUGGUUCAUCUCAUCGUGGAGGUGCCUCUCCUGGACAUCACUUACAACAUCCUGUUCGAGGCAGUGACCACCCUGCUGGUUCUGCUGUCCUAUCAGCUGUUCCACAAGGACAUUCUGAGGGAGGGGCGUGUUUAUCGCUGCCUCACCAGGGGGCGAUGUCUGUCACUGACCAGUCGCUUGGUGAAGACUCUGCUGUAUAACUUCGUGAGGCAGGAGAAAUGUCCUCCACCUGCAGCGCACAUCUUCCAGCCUCAGGCAGACGGAGGAGGUCUGCUGUAUGGCCUCGCGUCAGGGGUGGCCAGUGGAUUAUGGAGCGUGUUUACAUUGGGAGGAGCCGGCAGCAAACCUGGGGCGGAGCAGGAACACAAUCCAUUACCGCUGUCCAAUCAGAGCCUGUUAUUGCUGCUGGUCCUGGCCAAUCUGACCGACGGCCCCGACUGGCCGAACCCUUACAGACAAGCCAUCACCUGCUUCAAAAACACACAAGAUACGUCCUCCAUCCCAUCUCCUCAGCCUCACAUGUUUCAGAUCAACUUCAACAGCCUGUACACAGCUCUGUGUGAGCAGCAGAAGUCGGACCAGGUGACCCUUCUGCUCUACACGCUGCUGCACCAGAACCCCAACAUGAAGACCUACAUGCUCUCCAGAACCGACAUGGAGAACCUGGUGAUGCCAAUUCUGGAGAUCCUCUAUCAUGUGGAGGAGAGAAACUCCCAUCAUGUUUACAUGGCCCUCAUCAUCCUCCUCAUCCUCACCGAGGACGACACAUUCAACCGCUCUAUACACGAAGUGACGCUGAAGAACAUAAGCUGGUACACAGAGCGAGCUUUAACGGAGAUUUCUCUCGGCAGUCUGUUAAUCCUCGUGGUGAUUCGCACCAUCCAGUUCAACAUGACCCGCACCAGGGAUAAGUACCUACACACAAACUGCUUAGCAGCUCUGGCCAACAUGUCUGCCCAAUUCCGCUGCCUCCACCAGUACGCUGCCCAGCGCAUCAUCAGUCUGUUUGCUCUGCUGUCUAAGAAGCACAAUAAGGUGUUGGAGCGAGCCACGCAGUCGCUGCAGAGGCCGCUGGGAGCAGAUGGCACGGCGCUGCCCGAUUACGCACAGGACCUCAGUGUGAUUGAGGAGGUGAUCCGCAUGCUGCUGGAGAUCAUCAACUCCUGUCUGUGUAACUCGCUGCAUCACAACCCCAACCUCGUGUACGCUCUGCUCUACAAGAGGGAGCUGUUCGAGCAGUUCCGCUCGCACCCUUCCUUCCAGGAUAUCAUGCAGAACUUGGACACGGUUAUCGGAUUCUUCAGCCAGAGGUUGGAGCAGGCCGGAAGUGACCUGUCCGUUGAAAGAGUCCAAGAGGUCAUCAAGAAAGGAGCGGUGGCCCUACCUAAAGACCGGCUGAAGAAGUUUCCAGAGCUGAAAUUCAAGUACGUGGAGGAAGACCAGCCCGAGGAUUUCUUCAUCCCUUACGUCUGGUCGCUGGUCUUUAACUCCGCAGUGGGUCUGUACUGGAACUCUCAGGGCAUUGAGCUCUUCAGCAUGGACUCAGCCUGAGAGAGAGAGGGGCGAGUGUGUAUGUGUGUACGUCGCGCUUGACCGUUUGAAGGAAGGCACGGAAAAGGCUUCGGAAAGUUGAAAGGUCUAACGUGAGAUUCGGACACGCGCGUCUCCGGGAUCGGACACGCACACGUGACUUCCCAGAUCUCUUCCUGGUUUAUCGGACUCCUGGGCUUCCGUUAUCUCCGGCGUCUCUUCUUAUCGGCGACGAGACGCCAAGGACACGUCAAUCAAAACACUGCUUUGUUACUGGACAAAGAGUCACACGGGUGGGGCUGGGCAGGGCGGGGCAGGGGUCGCACUGAAUUCUGGGAACGGUACACUUCUGCUGUGAAGCGUGUGUUUAUCACUGCUUCUGAAAGCUUAUUUUUUUUGGCCCUGAGUAUAAUGUGACGUUUGGUGUUUGUUUUUUCAGUGGGUCAUGCAGUAAAGGUGAGGAAUAAAUAACCAUGGGAUUGGUCCUUAUUUCUAAAUAGAGAAUAAACGAAUAAGAAAUCAAUUCUUUGGUCAUUUCCCGAUUUCAGGCAGCGGUUUAGCUUUACUCAAACGUUUUAAUAUUGAACCUUUCUGCUUGUUUGCUUGUUUUGUUUAAACAAAUUAUUUAUUUAUUGUUUGAACUAUUUUCCUUAUUUCAUUUAUUCAGCAUCCCGUAAUAAUAUAACGCUUUUUUUUGUUUGUUUGUUUUUUUUAAACAGCAGAAUUCGUCCUUCUGUAAAACGAAUACAGAUAAAAACAUAUUUUAGAUACGUAUAAACUCUGUUAAACAAAAUCUAUGUAUAAUUUUCCUGUAUUCAUAUACCGAAUAGAUCGAUCCAUUAAUAAAUGCAUGGACUUGAAGCAGCAUGGUUUGGGACACAUCUCUAUGGCAUAUAUCUCCAUUUUGAUCGGUUUCUCUCACUCUUUUUAUUUUUUUCCUCGCAUCUUUGUCUGUUUUUCUCACACUUUCCCUGUACGACAUGUGCGUUAGAAUCUCCAUGAUGGUUUCUAUUACCAGUGUGACUCCGUACAUAUCGUUACACCGAGGAAAAAGAUUUCUUCUUUGUUUUCCAAAAUCUGGCAACGUGCGUCUCAGCUCAUGUAGUGCCAUUGAUGGUGUUUCACGUAAGAAUUUAGUUUAUAUUGUAAUUAAAACACACAAAACUCACACACACUAGAAGUAAUAGGACUGUUACGGAAUCACACUAUACACACUUUCAAGAUUUAGAUCGAGUUAAUUAAUUAAAGUUUAAUUCGUUAAUUCUUUGCGAAAUCUUCCUCUGCUCUGUUAAUUCUAGGAAUUUUAUUCUAAAACUGUUUUUUUUCUAAGAGGUUUAUUUGUUUAAGUGAUUUUGUUAGAGGAAAUGUAACUCAUGGAUGAACAGAAUGUUACACACUCAGGUAACACAACGGAGGAAAUAAUAAUAAUAAUAUUAAUAUUAAUAAUAAUAUACAGUGUUUCCGGCUGAGAUCGUGACACAGUCUCAGUCCUUUCUUUCUAUUCUCUAUAAAUUACAAUCAAUAAAAUCCUGAAUGUUCCCUUGUGUUUUAUUCA